CUGAACCAACCCUCACUCACAUUACUUUCAACAUUCCGACGACCUUACAAGCGGCGGCGGCGAUGGGCGGCGGCGGCGUUAAGACACUCGAUACGGCUUAUGUGAAGCCGGGGAAGGCGGCGGCGGCGGCGGGGCGACGGGAGUGCCAGCUGGUGACCUUCGAUCUGCCUUAUUUGGCGUUCUUCUACAACCAGAAGCUUCUGGUGUACGCGGCAGAGGAUGUCGCCGGCGGCGGCUUCGACGGCGUCGUGGGGCGGCUGAAGGAGGGGCUGGCGGCGGCGCUGGAGGAGUUUUACCAGCUGGCAGGGAGGCUGGAGAAGGACGAGGAGGGGGUUUUCAGGGUGGCGUAUGAUGACGAUAUGGAGGGGGCGGAGAUCGUCACGGCGGCGGCGGAGGAGGUCGCCGUCGGCGAGGUCGCGGCGGAGGAAGGGACUUUGAAGCUGAAGGAGCUCCUGCCGUACAACGGCGUUCUUAAUUUGGAAGGCCUCCACCGCCCUUUGCUAGCUGUCCAGCUCACUAAAUUAAAGGAUGGGGUAGCGAUCGGGUGUGCCUUCAACCACGCUGUACUCGAUGGAACCGCCACGUGGCACUUCAUGACCUCAUGGGCUGAGCUGUGCCGUGGGGCCCACUCCAUUUCCGUCCCUCCAUUUCUCGAGCGCACCAAGGCGCGCAACACCCGAGUCAAGCUCAAUCUCUCAAAGCCAUCGGACGCUCCAGAGCACGCCAACUCAGCAUCAACCGAAUCCAACGGCGACGCUGCGCCGCCGGCGCUGCGGGAGAAGGUCUUCAAGUUCCCGGAGUCCGCCGUCGACCAGAUCAAGUCAAAGCUCAACUCCGCCGCGGCCGCCGCCGGCGAUUCGAAGCCGUUCUCGACGUUCCAGUCGCUGUCGGCGCACAUCUGGCAGGCCGUCAGCCGCGCCCGCCGCCUCGCCGCCGAGGAGUACACGGUGUUCACCGUCUUCGCCGACUGCCGGAAAAGAGUCGACCCGCCGAUGCCGGAAACCUACUUCGGAAACCUGAUUCAGGCGAUCUUCACCGUCACCGCCGCCGGUCUGGUCCUCUCCAACCCGGCCGAGUUCGCCGCCGGUCUGAUCCGGUCCGCCAUCGAGUCACACGACUCGGCGGCGAUCACUAAACGGAACGAGGAGUGGGAGAAAAACCCGAUCAUUUUCCAGUACAAGGACGCCGGCGUCAACUGCGUCGCUGUCGGCAGCUCGCCCCGGUUCAAGGUGUACGACGUCGAUUUCGGGUUCGGCCCGCCGGAAACGGUCCGGAGCGGUUCGAACAACCGGUUCGAUGGGAUGGUUUAUCUUUAUCCGGGGAAGACCGGCGGGCGGAGCAUAGACGUGGAGAUUAGCCUGGACCCGAAGGCCAUGGAGCUCCUGGAGAAGGACAAGGAGUUCCUGUUCAUGGAUGCUUGAAUUAUUGCAGUAAAUUUAUUUUACCUUACAUCGUUAAUUUCCUCGUUGAAAUUAUUAAAUAGUACUAUUUUAUGUGUUUGGUUUUAAUUAUUGCAUGUGGAGUUUAAUAUUGUUUUAAUGAGUGCAUUUAAUUAUUUUAAUUAAGCUUGUUGUACUUUAUCUAUAUGUUACUGUGUCAUGUUUUUUAAAAGCUUCAUUUGAAGUAAUGAAAAUUAUACUCCCUUCCUCUCA